AUGGGUUAUGAGAAGAUACACGCUUGUGUAAAUGAUUGUUGUCUAUUUAGAAAUCAGUACGAGGAGCUCGACAGUUUUCCUAAAUGCAGUUCUUCGCGAUGGAAGAUUAACAAGCGAACUGGUGAGGUGAAGAAAGGUAUUCCACAGAAAGUACUUAGGUACUUUCCGAUAAUUCCACGUCUCAAGAGGAUGUUCAGGUCAGAGGACACGACGAAAGACUUACGGUGGCAUUUCAGUAAUAAGAGCACAAAUGGAAAAAUGCGUCAUCCGGUAGAUUCUGUGACGUGGGAUCAAAUGAAUGAAAAGUAUCUGUCAUUUGCUGCAGAAGAAAGGAACAUUAGGCUUGGACUCUCCACAGAUGGGUUUAAUCCUUUCAACAUGAAAAAUGUUAACUAUAGUGCAUGGCCUGUUUUGCUAGUCAAUUACAACAUGCCACCUGACAAGUGUAUGAAAGAGGAGAACAUCAUGUUGACAUUGCUGAUUCCUGGACCAACUCAACCUGGAAACAAUAUAGAUGUGUAUUUCAAACCUCUUAUAGAGGAUCUAACCCAUCUGUGGGAGAAGGGAGAGGUAACGUAUGAUGCAUUCAGUCGCACUACAUUCACCUUAAGAGCAAUGCUUAUGUGGACCAUACAGGAUUUUCCGGCACAUGGAAAUCUAGCAGGCUGCAAAGUUAAAGGCAUAAUGGGUUGUCCUGUUUGCGGGAAGCACACAGAUAGUUUUUGGUUGAGUAAUUGUAGAAAGCACGUGUAUAUGUCUCACCGGAAGUCUCUGUCACCCACCCAUGUUUAUAGACGUAAAAAAUCAUGGUUUGAUGGUAAAGCUGAGCAUGGAAGAAAAGUAAAUGGAAGAAAGAGGAAGAUGCAAGAUCGUGAUGGAUCAGCCUCUGAUACUGAUGAUGAAUCCAGUGAAUCAGAAGAAGAGGAAGAACAAGUAGAUGAAGAGGAGCUAUCCAGAUGGAAAAAGCGGUCAAUCUUCUUCAAGUUAGAUUAUUGGAAGGAAAUGCCGGUUAGGCAUAACUUAGACGUGAUGCACGUGGAGAGAAAUGUUGCUGCUAGCCUUGUCUCUACAAUGCUGCAUUCUGUGAAAUCAAAGGAUGGUGUUAAUGCUCGGAAAGAUAUGCAACUGCUUGGUAUUCGAAAGGAUUUACAUCCCCAAGCACGUCGAAAAAGAACCUACCUUCCUCCAGGUCCUUGGUCUCUGUCCAAAACAGAGAAGAAAGUAUUUUGUAAGCGAUUAUCUGACUUCAGAGGACCAGAUGGCUACUGCUCAAAUAUUUCCAGAUGUGUUAAGAUAGAAGAUUGUACGGUUAAGGGUCUUAAAUCACAUGAUUAUCAUGUGUUGAUGCAACAACUUCUUCCGGUUGCAAUCAGAGGUUUGUUACCUAAAGGUGUUAGGAUAGCUAUUGGACGCUUAUGCGCUUUCUUCAACAAACUGUGUCAGCGUGUUAUUGACAGAGAGGCAAUUUCUGUAAUGGAGCAUGAAGUUGUGGAAACUAUCUGCAUGUUUGAGAGGUUCUUUCCUCCAAGUUUCUUUGACAUAAUGGUGCAUUUAACAGUCCACUUAGGCAGAGAAGCUCGAUUAUGUGGACCAGUUCAUUUUUGUUGGAUGUACCCAUUUGAAAGGUACAUGAAAGUUCUGAAGGACUUUAUAAGAAACAUGGCAAGACCAGAGGGUUGUAUUGCUGAGUCAUAUCUCGCUGAGGAGUGCAUGCGGUUCUACAGUGAUUUCUUGAAAAAGACAACAAAUGCUGAUAAGAAAAUGGAAAGAAAUGUUGAUUAUGAGAAUUGCUCUAUAUUGGAGGGUCGUCCUAUAUCAGCACCUACUUCAUGUACUCUUACUGAGAAUGAGAAGAACAUAGCACAUCUUGUUGUCAUUCAUAAUAUGGCUCUGAUUGAUCCUUAUGUAGACAUGCAUCUACAACAUCUACAAGAUUCUAGUGAAAGAUGUAGACGUGAUUCGACAUUUUUGUGGAGUACACAUUCUCAGAAAUUUGCCUCUUGGUUAAAAGAACAGAUACCUAUGACUUCUAAACAUGAAGAUACACUUAAGUGGUUAGCAUAG